AUGGCUCCGACAAGCUCCAAGGCAAACUACAAGACCUACGAGGCGCAAGCCCGCAUGGUCAGGGCUAUUGUCGCCGCCCAUCCGGACGUCAAGUGGAACUACAAAGAAAUCGUUGCCUGCUACGGCUCGGACAUGACGGAGCAUGCGCUCAAUCACCGCUUCCGCCGGCUCAAAACCCAGGCCCUGAUCAUCCGCCAAGGGCGCACCCACGGCUUCGACAUGAAGCACCUCGUCGUCGAAGAUAACAUGCCUGCGGCCCAGGACGCCGUCGACAAGAAGAAUAUAGCCAAGUACUUCGGGCAGUCGACCGCAGACGGGAUCCAGUUCCAGUUCCGCGGCAUCAAAAAGGACGCCGACCAGCUGCGCCAGACACACUCGUCGGGCGGCGACGUCGCAAGCUGCCUCUCCCUCCAGUCCGGCACCUCGACGCCCACAAAGCUGGCGACAGCUUCAGCCCGCACGCCCGGCAGUCGCAAGCGCCCCCGCGCCGCAGCAGAGCCCAAGCCCUCGUCCCCUGAGCCCUCGGACAACGAGGACUGGAGCGACAAGGAGGAGUCGCCGUCGAAGCGGACCGCUCAGCGCACCCCGGCCCAGAAGAACGGCGUGCGCAAGGCCGCCGUGCGGGCGAGGGCUACCAUCGCCAGCGCCGCGCUCGACUCCGACUCGGACGCCCUGCUGGCCAAGCCGGAGCUGGAGCCGGAGCAGUAUAAGAGCAUUUUCGGCGACGUGGCCGUACCCUCCAGCGCCUUUACCGAAGGCGCCGCCGAUCCCGUCUUCUCUAGGUUUCUGGGGACCACGCUGUAUUCCGGCACUUUCGACGACGCCUUGGGGGCGGAGCUCGAGGACGGCGAGAUGUGA